UAGUUGCAGCUUAGUUUCAGUUCUGUUCGGUAGGGCAAAGGUGUUGGAGGUUCCCAAAAAAUGUUGCAAUCCGGCUUAUUUUUAGUUUCGCUAGCUAUAUUGCUGGGAUCUCAAGAAAUUUCGGCAGAAAUUUCCGCUGAAGUACGGAAUGCAGCAGAUCUGCCCAAAUGCUAUAGCUGCGAGGGUGUAAAUUGCAUGAGAACGACCCGUCAGAAUGCCACCGUUAGUUGUUCAGAUAAGUUGGACGUCUGCGUUACCAUUUACGAGGACUUUGCUGUCAGUGAGCGGGGCUGCUUUUCAGAGAUUUCUUUAGCUGGUCAGGCAAAGUGCGCGGCAAAGGACAACCAAUGCCAAAAAUGCAGUGGUCAGCUGUGCAAUAACCAAGGACGCAGGGACUUCAAGUGCAUUCAAUGCAUUGGCUCUGAAUCGGCGUCCUGCAAUAAGGGGGCCACCGGCUCAUUAACCGCCUCCCAAUGUGGCAUUCCCACCUCCGCAAAUUCCUAUUGCUAUGUCAAGGUCGUUGGCAAUCAGAAAGAUCAGCUGCAAAGGGGCUGUGCUCUGUCGGUCAAAGAGCAAGAAUCCUGCAAGGAGGACUCGGAGUGCUCGCUUUGCAUCCCGGACAACUCCAGCGAUUCCGUGGCCUGCAAUAAUUUCGAUUUAGAUUUAAAUUCCAAGUCGGGAGCCGACCAAGGUCAAAAGCUAAUGAGCUUGGGCUUGGCUUGCAUUGCCUUGCUCUUGCUUAAAGUGCUAAAUUAAUUUUUCUUUGGUUAAAUAUAAAUAAAAUGAAAAAAUACCUAUCCACAAAA